AUGGAUUUGAUGAAACAAGACGCCUGGAAUCAAAAAUACGUGAUCAAUUAUACUAUGCUACCCAAGUUAAUUUCCAACGAUCAAAUUUACAAAAUGUUCUCUGCCGGCAAAUCCCUAUAUUUUCUGAAAGAAGUUUGUAAGGUUAAACGAGAGAAGAAUAAUGAAACGCCCCAAGAAAAUCUACUCAAUAAACUUUACUUCCAAGUGGACAAUUUUUCCGAUAUUCCCUACCAUUCUUCACAUAUUUCCAAUCUCUCCCCCUAUUUUCACCAUAUUUUUAAGUCUCAGGUUAACGACCAAAACGCAUUCACCAGAUACAAUUUCUUGGAUACGGAGUUGGGGGCUUUAUCUCGUCCUUUUAUAAACUUGUUGUCCCACUGCUACGAAAAUAAUUCUCGCGACUUGGUAAAUCAUGUGAUGUCUCGUCUUCGAUUAGUAAGUCACAUCGCUGCCAUCCGGGAUCACGUGAUGUUAGCCAGAGGGGAUUUUACUAGUCAGCUGGUCACCGGGCUGGAAAGCUUGCAAGGUGUAGAUAGAGAUGCAAAUCAAGGCCACGAUUUGAAGCACACAUUUUUCGGUCACAAAAUGGCACAAAUUCUUGAGGAUGCCAUUAAAAAUAGUAAUUCUAAAUACGAAAGUUCCGAUAUUCUGAAUCGCAUAACUGUUGUUGCCUCUAAACCUAAAAAAGAUAAUAACAAGGUUCCAAUCUGGGAAAUGUUUUGUCUCAAGUACGUUAUAGAAGAAGGUCCUUUAUCAGUGGUUUUAACGAAAGCUCAUCUUCACAAUUAUCAAGCCCUUUUCUUGGUGAUUUGGCGUACUAAAUGGCUGUGUCAUACCCUCCUUAAAUGCUGGAAGCGUCAGAAAAAUUACCCCAACUUCUUAUUUAAAUCGAGGGGGCGAUUUAACGGUAGCAAUAAGAUGGACUAUCUCGAACAAAUUUAUUCCAAAAAAAUCGGAUCACUAUUUCAUUCUUGCCACAUAAUGGUAGCUACCAUGUCGCAUUUCAUCCAACAGAUUCAGUAUUAUUUCAAUUUCGAGGUGAUGGAAUGCUCUUGGCACACCUUCAUCAAAGAAUUAAACGGCAAUUCCAACGACCUCGAUAAGAUUAUAUCUUGUCACGGGACCUAUUUGAACCAAUUGACAAGAGGAUUUUUACUCGCGCCAAAUUUUAAACUCUUAUACGCUCAUCUCUUAGGCCUGUACGAUUUGGUGUUUCAAUUCCUAACGCUUCAUGCUUCUAUCCACACCCUCAUAGCAUUACCAUUGUCGGCGAAGGGUCUAGCUUUUCAUAUAUCCCAAGAUAGGAAUAACAUGAAAAAAGUCGCUAUAUUUUCACCUAUCUACAGUACCGACACCGUUGACAAUUCUUCCAACAACUUAAUAAAUUUUACCUCGACCCCUUUCGAAAGCAUGUAUCCGUCUAAGAACGAUAAAAAAUCCUGUUUUUUCCAAACAAGCUCUGGUUAUACUCAAAUCAACAAAGCUCGGAACAAAACCAGCAAUAAUGCAACUCCGUUGGUCACAUUUAUCGAAAGAGUCCAGCUUUAUAGGGAUAAAAUUCAUUUGCUCAAAAUAUCUUUUCAGGAUCUCAUGAAAGAUUUUCUUUUCAUGCUUGUGGACAAACCUGGGAUUUCUCUGUCCCAAUCCCAUUCGCAUCAUGCUUCGCUGGUCGAUAACAAAUCUGAACCACCGGAUAAUCAAGAUUUAUCCACUUGCGUUAUCAACGAGGACUACAUGCAUCUGUUUUACCUGAGUUUCCGGCUCGAUUUCAACGAUUUUUACAAAAACAGGGAUGUCAGACUCAGGUCUUCACUUACCUUUUCUAAAAGAUUGUCUCAUACCAAAAAAUAAUUGCAAAACAUUGAGACGAAUUUGGCGGAGUCUAAAAAAAUUAUUAUUUUAUUACAUCCUUUUUUUAAAUAUUUGAUUAGAAAUUGUUUUAUAUAUUUUUCCAAAUACUUUACCUUUUACACCAUCUUUCAGCUUGCUAAAUUUCACAAAAAAUUGGUCUCUUGGGCAGAGGAAUCUUAACUUCCCCCCUCCACCCCUCUCAUAAAUAUUAUAAUAAUUUUUAAAAACUCUUACCAGGCCCGCUGGCCGGUAUAUACAGAACUCUAAUUUGUAUUAAUUUUAUCUAAUAAUCAUGGAUAUUAGUCGCACAGUAAGAAAAAAUAUUUGAAUA